AUGCAUCUAGUUCACGGGGAUUGCGCCGCAGCCAAACCAAAGAACUAUGGCAUCGUUCUUCUAAGAGCAUUUGACGGCAUGGAUAUCUUUGGACCCAUUGACGCUCUCCAGCUGCUUGCACACUGGCAGCAGCUGAACCUGUAUCUCAUUGCGGACACACUCGAUCCGGUGACAAGUGAGCCUGCAGCAGCAGCCAUGAACCUGUUCAACUCCAGCUUCUGGCCGGAGGUUUUGCCCACCCACACCUACGACACGGCGCCGGACCUGGACGUGCUGAUUCUCCCCGGCGGGCCCAGCGUUCGGGCUCCGAAUCUCAAUAGCACAUACGACUUCAUCGCCCAAAGGUAUCCCACUCUCAAGUAUCUGAUCACGAUUUGCACUGGUGCAGGCCUGGCUGCCAAGGCUGGCGUAUUAGACGGCAAGCGAGCUACUACGAACAAGUCCGCAUGGGCUACGAUACUGGCCAUGGGCCUGAACGUGAAAUGGGUGUCGCCGGCGCGAUGGGUUGUGGAUGGUAAUGUCACAGCUGGGUUGGAUUUGAUCUUCGAGUUCAUCAAGAAUAUAUAUAGCCAGGAGGAUGCCGACAAGAUUGCGGGCAUGAUGGAGUAUGAACGGCACACAGACCCGAGCUGGGACCCGUUUGCAGCUUACUUCAACGUCACGCCAACAGGAAACUAA